AUAAGCAAAUGUGAAAAGUCCUUUUUAAGUUUAAGGUACUAUGAUUUACACGUCCCUUUUCCAAAUAUAAAAAAAUUGUUCUUUAAUUAAUAUAUUGCAUUCUCUUAUUACUGUUGGAAAUAUUUUAUGACUUUUUAUAAAAUAUUUUGAUAGUAUAAUCUGUCUGAGUCCCAGUUUGGCAGUAAAGACUACAGGAAUGUUUAUGGACCUCCCCGAAUAGCGGAGAGGAGCUUCCCAUUGGUCCGUUAGUUCGUGAGGUGUCAAAUGUCCCAUGCGGCUUUGAACGCAGCUUACUUUACCGAGGAAAAGUGGAUUUUAAUUAGGCAGAAAAGUUUGUAAAAGUAGUUUUAUGACUCGUGUGAGAAAAACAGUUAUUCGGUGCGACUUGCAGAGAACAACAGUGAUAUCGGGGUGAGUUUUUUCUAAACUCUGACAACUCGCUUGAACUCGGUGGGUUUUGCUCUGAUUUUGGCGCAGGAAGUCCCCCAAAACCAACCAUGUCCCAGUCAGAGCAGAAAGAAACCGCAGACAAGCAGACAGUGAGCUCGGAACCGGAACCUCAAAGUGCUUCUGUAAACCCGAGAGCAGUCUGCAGGGUGUGCAAACACUUGUACCGGGAGCCCAAAAUCCUGCCCUGCCUGCACACCUUCUGCUCCGACUGCAUCGGGCAGCUGGAGCCGUUUUCGACGUCUCCGCGGGGCCGCUUCACCGCACCGGAGGGCGGAGGUAGGAGCGGGGAGGCGGCGGAACAGGACCGAGACUCCCUCUCGUUCACCGUGCUCUGCCCAGAGUGUGACACCGAGGUGGAUAUCCCUCGGUCCGGACCGGCCGGACUCAGCACAGACCACCUGGCGCUGGACGAGGUAUUCCUGGAGACCCUGGUGAGCGACGGCCCGCUGGGCUGCGACCUGUGCGGCGAAGGAAGCGCCGAGAGCCGCUGCGAGGUGUGCAGCCUGAACCUGUGCGAGUUCUGCCGCCAGGCGCACAGGCGGCAGAAGCGAACCGCGUCUCAUUCUAUUCAGGCCGUGACGGAGCUGAAAGCCCGCGGUCGUCUGUGCCGCCCCGUCCUCUGCUCCCUUCACCCCGGGCAGGAGCUGAGGCUCUUCUGUCAGCCCUGCGACCUGCCGGUCUGUCUGGAGUGCGCGGCCACGCUGCACCGGGACCACCGCUGCUGUCCGACACACGACGUUAUCGACCGUCAUGGCGACCGGAUACGAGAGCUGGUCAGCGCGCGCCUUCGGCCUCGUCUGGAGCGACUGGAGGACUCGCUGCAAAAGGUGGAAAUUUCUCAAGAAAAUUUGCAGGUUCGAGCAGAUGAAACCGCCAAUCAGAUUAGAGUUUUCGCACGAGAGUACACCAGUGCGGUGGAGGCUCACUGCUUGUCUCUGCUGCGCCGCCUGGAGGAGAUCAGGGUGCAACGCAGAAACCACCUCCACCUGCAGAGGGCGCAGCUGCAGCAGGCCCUGCUGGACGUCAGAGGGAGCGUGGAGUUUGCGGAGCGGCUGCUGAGCUGUGGCUCCGACGCUGAGAUCCUCAGUGCUAAAGGAGUGACCCUGAGGAGACUGACCAGCCUGGCGGAGAGCGGGUACGACCCCCACCCAGCGACGGUCGCCCCUGACGACGGCGGCAGUGUCUGCUUCCUGCCCAGGGAGCCGGCAGGAGAGGUGGAGGGCUACCCGUUGGUGGGCAUGAUCCACUCCAGGACGGUGGACGUCAGCAGGUGCACCGUUGAAGGAGAAGGUCUGCAGCAGGGAACGGUAGCCCAGCGGGGACAUUUUACUCUGGUGUGUCGGGACUCCGGUGGGGAGCGGCUGGCUCGAGGAGGAGAACACGUCCUGGUCAGCAUCGUCCACAAAGAGAAGAAGAACUGCACAAUGGAGACAAUAGUGGUAGACAACAGUGAUGGAAGCUACAACGUCUCCUACAGACCGGAGGAACCAGGAGAGUACUCAGUGUGGGUCUGUGUCAGAGCCCAACAUGUUAAGGGUUCCCCAUUUAUUCUGAAUGUGCAGAGGAAGUUCAGGCAGCACAAAGGGGCUUUUCACUGCUGCUCCUUCUGCUCCAGCGGAGGCGCUAAAGAGGCUCGCUGUGGCUGCCCAGGAACCAUGCCAGGAGGAUUUAAAGGCUGCGGUCACGGCCACAAGGGACACCCAGGGAAGCCCCACUGGUCCUGCUGCGGCAGCACAGCGGAGAAGUCGGAGUGUUUGCCUCAGAGCAUACUGGCUGCAGUUUCCCCUCGUGGACACCUGAGAACGGUGGAGCUCUGAUGGGAAGUGGAGGUGAAACAGCAGCAGGUCAGAGGAUCUGAGAGGUAAAACUCACAGAAGAGUCCAACAAAGAGAGAGCGGGACCGUCAAGCUGCUUUUCAUUUCUUAGGCACCAAAUCAUGAGAAAUACUGGGUAUUAUACAAACAGUGUAACUUUUUAUUUUUUAAAAUAAUCUAAAUUCAAGAAAAAGAUUCUUAACUUGCAGCAUAUUUAAAAACAAUCAUAGUACUGUACAUUUUUAGUGAAAUGGUUCCAUUAACGACUGCAAUAAUCUCAUUGCUUCUACACUAAACAUCUACUCCUUUCCUGGAUUUCCAAGUGUUAUAGCAGAUUGUUUCAGGUGAAAAUACAGAUAUAUUUUAAGUUCUGGAUUUUUUUAAAUAAAAUUAUGCAGGUUACGAGACACAUUUUUCCCAGAAUGAUGAUGAUGGUGAUGAUGUUGAAAAGUAUCUGCAUCUUUAAGCAGUUAUCACAUCAGCCCAUGGGUGUCCAAACUUUUAGUCACAUGGACCAAAAUCGUCAAGUCAAAAGUAUUCACUGGACAAUUAAAAAAAACAAAGCAAAUCUAAAAUCAAGCAAAUAAUGUCAGACAUUUUUUUUGUGUGUGUUAUUCAUUGUAGAUCCAAAACAUAAAAAGGAUUUUUGAUACAUGGAAAGUUUUCCUGACGGCAAUCAGCAAUGAAUGUUGAGCAUUUUUAACUUUCUUGGCCCGCUUGUUGAGGUCUACGUGUACGAGCUCGAAGUUUCACAUGUGUGAAUUACGCUGCUCACUCUGCUGGACUGUCGCACAAGGUCCAUAGGAAACGAAUGGAAUAAAUUUAUAAUGAACGUUUAAAACAAAAUGAAUCCCUCGUCAUUAACAAUAUUUGCGUAUAAACUGUCUGUAUCAAUGGUAAAAAGCAUGGAAAAUACAGGGAUUUGGAUGUUUUUAAUAAUAAUAAAAUUAAAUGUGUUUUUUUUUUAUUUUUUAUUUUUAUUUAAACUUUAUUUUUUUAUCAUUUUUAGGGUUUUUCAGUACACAUUUGGAACAGUCAGAUCCCCCUUUAACACAAAACGCAGAGCAUUCAGUUUGACAGGUGCAGUCAUGUAAUAAUCAACAAAAAGCGGUAAUUACAUCUAUUAACAAUUAUCAUUUGUUAUAGAGGUUUCAGUUUUUUCCAAUAUUUGUUGUAUUUGUGAGUAGCAAGUCUUAAUGAGAAAGUCAGUCUCUCCAUUGUAUGGAUUUCCCCGACUAUCUCUCUCCAUUCCGAGAUCGCUGGCGGUUCCGGGUCCAACCACCUGCGGGUUAUCGCUUUCCUUGCUCCUGCUAACAGUACCAAGAGCAGAUAUCUAUCCGAUUUCUCCAGUGUCUGGGGUAGAUCACCCAGGAGCACCACAGCAACAUCAUAUUGCAGAUUCAGGUUCAUUUUAGCAUUGAUUUCCCCCAUCACCUCCAGCCAAAAGGGUGUAAUCUCUGUACAUUCCCAGAAGAUAUGAAAAUGUCCCGCAGACUCAUUCCCACAGUUCCUCCAACAUUUUGCCUUUUCAGUGUUGUUACAGUGUUUACCUCUAAUGUUCGGUGUAAUAAAAAACGUACCAUACAUUUCCAGGUAAAUUCCUUCCAAAGGCCUGAACUUGAUGUGUGAAUCACAGAGUUACAUAUUUUAGCAUCUUUUUCCCAUUUUACCUUGAUAUAUGUUGUAUCACGUUUCCUUCCCAUUUGCAGGCAUGAAUAUAGUUUGGAUAUUAUUUUUCCAGGGGGUCUUCCGUUACUCGAAGUCUCUUCCUCCUCCAAGCGCUUUAUAGUCUUAUUGUAGUGGUGUCUUAGUUGGAGGUACCUAUAAAAAUCAGGUUUUUCCAAGUUGUAGUUAUUUUGAAGUUGUAUAAAACUUUUUAAUUCGUUAUUUGUAAUUUUCCAAUAGCUUGUUAUGCCUUUUUGUGCCCAUUGAAUCGUGACGGGGGAAAAUCUCUAUCGGAGGCAGGCCAUCUCAAAAUACAGGCAUUUCUUUCAAUUUGUACUUGUUUUGAUAUUUUAUACCAAACGUCCAACGGUACCUUUGUUCCUAAGGGUAUUAGGUCAGAAUCUAUGUGUUUUUAAAUGAGAUAACGAUCUCCGAGCAAGGAUUGUAGGGGUGUGUUGGUGUAAGACAUGUCUAUCUCUUUCCAUUUUGUUUCACAUGUUGGGUCACACCAACCAACCAUCACUCUCAUCUGUGCUGCUCUAUAAUAGUCCUCCAUGUGUGGUAACGCCCAACCACCCUUUUCCUUUGAUAGUUAUAAUGUUUGAAAUCUUACUCUGGGUUUUUGUUUAUAAUAAUUUGAGAUUAUUCUAUCCCAGUUGUGGAAUUGUCUGUCGGGUAUUUUUAUAGGCAAAGCCUGAAAAAGAUAGAGAAGCCUUGGUAAAAGGUUCAUUUUUAUUAUAUCUAUGCGAUUAUAUAGAUUCAUAGUUAACAACGACCAACGUUGCAGAUCCGCCUUAAUCUCUUCUGUCAGUGGGGUAUAAUUGUAUUCAAAAAGGUCGGAUAACUCUGCAGGGAUAUUAACCCCCAGAUAUUUUAUACAUUUAUUGUCCCAGCAGAAUCCGGACAGCUUCUGAAUUCUUAGUGAUGGUUGAUAAUUGAAUGAAAGGGUUUGUGUUUUCUGCAGAUUUAACUUAUACCCAGAGUACAUGCCAAAUAUUUUCUAUAGGGAAAAAAGGUUAGGUAGGCUGGUCUCCGGGUCAGUUAGCGUCAUGAGGAUAUCAUCAGCGUAAAGGCAUAUCUUGUGCUCUGUGCCUUUAAUAUUUACACCCAUAAUAUUCUUGCGUUCUCUGAUGGCCUGCACUAGAGGCUCGAUAAAAAG